AGAUGAAGAAACUCAUAGAAGAAAAAUCAAAGUAGUGAAAAUCUGAAAAAGGAAAUUGAUAAAAAUAUAUAUAUUACAGAAAAUAUUUGUAGAAAGCAAUGGGAAACCGGGAAUUACUGUCAUUGGCUCAAAGAUCGAAAAUUUCUCUCUCUCUCUUUUGAGCCUAAAACCCUGGCCACUCUCUAGAUUUACUCCAUUAAUCAAUUUUAAUAUAAUUAAAUUAAAUCAAUUAAUAAAAAAAUAAACUCUUUACCGUCGUUCCUUGAUCUGCAAAAUUUAUUGUCUACUCUUUUUUAAUGAUUUUUUUGCAAAUGGGUUGGUUUGUUAAUUUAUUUAUUGAAGAUGAAUCAGCUUACAGAUUCAAGGACUUAAAGCGAGGGACCAUGAAUGACUGGCUGCAUUAAUAUCCACCAGUGAAGGCUAGGUUUGGGGAUUCUUUGUUUGGCAGUUGUCUACUAAUUUUUCUUAAAGGUUGAUUCUCAGAGAUGACACGGGGUAGGAUUCGAGCAAGGCUCCGGCUGAGUCAUCUCUAUACAUUCGCAUGUACUAGGCCAGAAGCUACUGAAGAGGGGCCUCAUUCUAUUGAAGGGCCUGGAUACUCAAGACUUGUGCAUUGCAAUCAACCUCUUAUGCACAAGAAAAAACCUUUUAAGUACCGAUCAAAUUACAUAUCCACGACCAAGUAUAAUUUUUUCACUUUCUUACCAAAAGCUUUGUAUGAACAAUUCCACAGAGUUGCCAAUUUGUAUUUCCUUGCAGCUGCAAUUGUUUCAGUUACACCCCUUUCGCCAUUUUCUGCUGUGAGCAUGAUUGCUCCCUUGGUCUUUGUUGUAGGGCUUAGCAUGGCAAAGGAAGCUUUAGAGGAUUGGCGAAGGUUUAUGCAAGAUAUAAAAGUUAAUAGUCGGAAGGUAAAAUUUCAUAAGGGGGAAGGUGUUUUUGAUUAUAAGUCAUGGAAGAAGCUUCAGGUUGGAGAUGUGGUGAAAGUGGAGAAGGAUCAGUUUUUCCCAGCGGAUUUGCUACUUCUGUCAUCAAGUUACGAAGACGGAAUUUGCUAUGUUGAGACUAUGAAUUUAGAUGGCGAGACAAACUUGAAGGUAAAGAGAGCUUUGGAGGUUACAUUGCCUUUGGAUGAGGAUGCGUCUUUCAAGAACUUCACAGGAAAAAUUAAAUGUGAAGAUCCCAACCCUAGUCUUUACACCUUUAUUGGUAACUUUGAAUACGAUCAUGAAGUUUAUGCCCUCGACCCUAGCCAGAUUCUCCUUAGAGAUUCAAAGCUGCGUAAUACAGCUUUUGUCUAUGGGGUCGUGAUUUUCACCGGCCAUGAUAGCAAAGUCAUGCAGAAUGCCACGAAGUCCCCUUCGAAGAGAAGCAGAAUAGAAAGGAAAAUGGAUUAUAUAAUAUAUGUUCUUUUUAGCCUCCUUUUGGUGAUCUCAUUGGUAAGCUCUAUCGGUUUUGCAGUGAAAACAAAGUUCGACAUGCCAGACUGGUGGUAUCUGCAACCUCAGAAUACAGAUGAUUAUUAUGAUCCUAGAAAGCCUGUAUUAUCUGGGGUCACCCAUCUGAUCACUGCCCUCAUGCUUUAUGGGUAUUUAAUACCAAUUUCGCUUUAUGUUUCAAUUGAGGUGGUCAAGGUUUUGCAAGCAACUUUUAUUAAUCAAGACAUACAAAUGUAUGAUGAAGAAACUGGGAAUCCUGCUCAAGCACGGACAUCAAAUUUAAAUGAGGAGUUGGGCCAGGUAGAUACAAUCCUUUCAGAUAAAACAGGCACUUUGACCUGCAAUCAGAUGGAUUUUCUCAAAUGUUCCAUUGCCGGUACUGCAUAUGGCAUGAGCUCUAGUGAAGUAGAACUUGCUGCUGCACAGCAGAUGGCUAGUGACCUUGAGGAUCAGGAUGUAGAAAGAUCAACUGAUUUCAGGCAAAAAGGCAAACAACAAGAAAUUGAACUUGAAACUGUUGUUAUUCCCAAAGAUGAAAUGGUUCAUAAAUCUCCCAUAAAAGGUUUUAGCUUUGAGGACAGUCGCGUCAUGGAAGGGAACUGGUUGAAUGAGCCUAAUGCAGAUGUCAUUAUGUUAUUUUUUCGAAUAUUAGCAAUUUGUCACACUGCUGUCCCUGAGCUGAACGAAGAGACAGGCAAUUAUAAAUAUGAAUCAGAAUCACCUGAUGAAGCAGCCUUUCUCGUUGCAGCCAGAGAAUUUGGUUUUGAGUUUUGUAAAAGAACUCAAUCAAGUGUGUUUGUCCGUGAAAGGUAUUCAGCUUCAGGGAAAACAAUUGACAGGGAGUUCAAACUUCUAAAUAUGUUGGAAUUUACUAGCAAAAGAAAGCGAAUGACAGUAAUUGUAAGGGAUGAAGAUGGGCAGAUUCUUGUUCUGUGUAAAGGUGCUGACAGCAUUAUUUUUGAUAGGCUAUCAAAGAAUGGAAGAUUGUACGAGGAAGAUACCACUAGGCAUUUGAAUGAGUAUGGAGAAGCUGGAUUGCGAACGCUGGCACUGGCUUAUAAAAGGCUCGGCGAGUUUGAGUACUCUGCUUGGAACAAUGAAUUUCAAGAAGCAAAAACUACUAUUGGGGCUGAUAGAGAUUUGAUGCUUGAAAACAUUGCAGAGAUGAUGGAGAAGGAUUUGAUUCUCGUUGGUGCUACUGCUGUGGAAGACAAAUUGCAAAAGGGGGUACCCCAAUGUAUAGAUAAACUUGCACAAGCUGGCCUGAAGAUUUGGGUUUUGACAGGGGACAAGGUGGAAACUGCUAUAAAUAUAGGAUAUGCUUGCAGUCUGCUAAGACAAGGCAUGAAGCAGAUCUGCAUUACAGAAAUUAGUUCAGAUGCCAAAGAGGUAGUUAAGGAGAAUAUAUUGUUGCAAAUUACCAAUGCUUCACAAAUGAUCAAACUCGAAAGAGAUCCACAUGCCGCAUUCGCAUUGAUCAUUGAUGGAAAGACUCUUGCAUAUGCCUUGGAGGAUGAUGUGAAACAGCAAUUCCUAGUGUUAGCAGUUCAGUGUGCACCUGUCAUAUGCUGUCGUGUGUCUCCCAAGCAGAAGGCACUAGUAACAAGAUUAGUAAAAGAAGGAACUGGGAAAACCACCUUAGCUAUUGGUGAUGGUGCAAAUGACGUUGGAAUGAUUAAAGAAGCUGAUAUUGGAGUUGGCAUCAGUGGUGUAGAAGGUAUGCAGGCUGUAAUGGCCAGUGACUUCUCCAUUGCCCAGUUUCGUUUCUUGGAAAGACUUCUUGUUGUCCAUGGACACUGGUGUUAUAAGAGGAUUGCACAGAUGGUUUGCUAUUUCUUCUACAAGAAUAUAGCAUUUGGCCUCACCCUUUUCUACUUUGAGGCAUUUGCUGGGUUUUCUGGACAAUCAAUUUAUGAUGACUGGUACAUGUUACUGUUCAAUGUUCUUCUUACAUCAUUGCCUGUAAUCUCACUAGGAGUUUUCGAGCAAGAUGUUUCUUCUGAGGUCUGCUUGCAGUUUCCUGCAGUAUAUCAGCAAGGACCUAAAAAUUUGUUUUUCGACUGGUAUAAGAUACUUGGUUGGAUGGGCAAUGGCCUUUAUUCCUCUCUCAUUAUUUUCUUCCUCAAUAUCAUCAUCUUCUAUGAUCAAGCUUUCCGUGAGGAAGGACAGACUGCUAGUAUGCCUGCUUUGGGAACAACAAUGUUCACGUGCAUCAUUUGGGCGCUCAAUUGCCAGAUUGCCUUCACAAUGAGCCACUUCACAUGGAUCCAGCACCUCUUUAUAUGGGGAAGCAUUGCCACUUGGUAUUUGUUUCUCUUUGUUUAUGGCAGGCUAUCUCCCAGCAUUUCAGGUAAUGCCUUCCAAAUUCUAGUAGAAGCUCUCGCUCCAGCACCGAUCUAUUGGUUGGCCACCCUUUUAGUAACCAUCGCUUGUAAUCUCCCAUAUUUGGCCCAUAUAUCUUACCAAAGAUGUUUCCACCCAUUGGAUCAUCAUAUCAUCCAAGAGAUCAAGUACUACAAGAAAGACGUCGAGGAUCAACGCAUGUGGACUAGGGAGCGAUCGAGAGCCAGAGAAAGGACCAUGAUCGGGUUCUCAGCACGGGUAGAUGCAAAGAUCAGGCAGUUAAAAGGGAAGUUGCAAAGAAAACAACCGUCUUCAGAGAUUCAUAGUCCAGCCCGUUCAUCAUAACAACAUUCAGUCAAUCUUAGGUAUUUUUGAAGAUGUUUAGGGUUCUUUCUUUUCUGGCCAUUUGCAGUGUCACUUUUGAGGCCUUUGUUUUUAUCAUUAGUUAUUAUUAGCUUGUUGAUGUCUUUAGGGGGGGUUAUUGCAUGUACACUAGUUGACAAAUGUAAGAGCGGUGGCCUGUGAAAAUAGUAGAAGAAUAUGUUCAUCAUUGUUUAGAAACUUGCCAUAUCUUGGCUUGUUGAUGUUACUCUUGUAUAAUGUAGAAUGUUGAAACUGUAUAUGUAAAGGGAAAAAAAGGUAGGAUUUGACACAAGGCCAA